AUGGAGAACAAGCCUCCCCCAAAGCACGAAUCCGUCGGCCAAAAACUCAGCGGUAAGCAAGAAGAGCAGCUGGAAAAAUCAAUGAGGCUGCUGAAAAGCAAGAUGGAAAAGGACCAGUGGGAGGCUGAGAAGAAGAAAAUACACGAGGAGGAGAGAAAGGCCAAGGCCGAGGCCGCCGAGAAGCACAAGAUGAAGGGAGAAGCUGAAAAAGGUACUGGCACUCAGUAGCAGGGGCAGGACCAGUGCCAAUACCGACUGACAAAGCUACCGUGGAAACCACUGCGGAGGCUGGUGAGGGAGCUAAGAGUGGUGAUAAAGGUGAGGGUGAAGGAUAACAACGAUGGAUUGGUACGGAGGGUGGGGAUAGAUGGGGAGAGUGUUAGGUAGGGCAUGUAGGGUUGGGAGAGGCGGUUAAAGGAAGCG